GAGCAGCCGUUCAGACGCCGGCGGCACCAGAUGAACCUCAGCGCAUUAAGAGACAGGCGAUCUCUGCAGAGCCCACAGCCCUGGACCCCUCACAGCUCACUGAUGUCACACUGAAGAGCUACUGCAAGACCAAAGAGUCCAGUGAGCGGAUCCAGAGGGCUCUGAUGGACAAUGACUUCAUGAAACAUCUGGAACACGGGCAGAUCCUCACCAUCAUGGACUGCAUGCAUCCAACCAGCCUCACCAAAGGCUGCUGUGUCAUCCAGGAGGGAGACGACGGCUCCACGGUCUACGUCCUGGAGGAGGGGAUGGUGGAGGUGACCAAACAAGGGAAGAAACUGUGCUCCAUCGGUGAGGGCAAAGUGUUUGGAGAACUGGCCAUCCUGUACAACUGCACUCGCACUGCAACUGUAACAGCUCUGACCGACAUCAAGCUGUGGGCGAUCGACCGACAGGGUUUCCAGACCAUCAUGAUGAGAACUGGUCUCAUCAAACACUCCCAGUACAUGGACUUCCUCCGCAGCGUUCCCUCGUUUCAGUCUCUACCGGAGGACGUUCUCAGCAAACUGGCCGAUGUUUUAGAGGAGACUCAUUACAGCGACUGUGAUUACAUCAUCCGUCAGGGAGCCACCGGAGACACAUUCUUCAUCAUCAGUGAAGGACAGGUGAAGGUCUCCCAGCAGAACUCCCCCAGUGAGGAGCAGCUGGUGGUGAAGACGCUCUCUAAAGGAGACUGGUUUGGAGAACAAGCUCUGAAAGGUGAGGACGUCCGUACAGCCAGCCUCACCGCUGUGGGAGACGUCACAUGUCUGGUCAUUGACAGAGAGUCCUUCAAACAGCUGAUCGGAGGACUGGAUGACGACAACAACAAGCAGUGUGACAGUGACGAGGUCGAGGCCCAUAUUCAGGCAGAAGCAGAUUUAUUCUCCAGAGUGUCGCUCAGUGAUUUCAACGUCAUCUGCACUCUGGGGAUGGGCGGCUUCAGCCGCGUGGAGCUGGUGCAACUAAAGAACGAUCCCAACCGCUCGUUCGCCCUGAAGGUGUUAAAGAAACGUCACAUCAUGGACACCAGCCAGCAGGGCCACAUCCUGUCAGAGCGGCGCAUCAUGAUGGAGGCUCACAGCUCCUUCAUCAUCAGGUCUUCUUCUUCUUCUUCUUCUUCUUCUUCUCCUUUAUGUUCCCACCUUGGUGCUGUUAUAUUUGAAAUAGUUCUGUGUUAUAGUCCUGAGAUUUUUAGGCACAUUUCGUGACAUAUGAACCUUCAACUUGAGAGUAAACGAUAAAGAAGUGUGUGAAAAGGGUCAGAAUAUGAUAUUAUAAUAUCUAGACCCAGCGUCCAACAUACAUAAACCCUAUUUAAUGUUAUUCUACAUUAAAUGUGACACAUUCUGCUUAUACUACGACAAAUAUUCGUCCUCUUACACAAGAAGAGUUAAUUUCAUGAAUAAUAAAAGACACUUUGUCUGAUACGAAGAGUUAACCAUGUGAGAGCAAAAGGCCCUUUAACAGCAUACCGUCAGGUG